GUCCAUCCACCGAUCAACUCAACUCAUCCCUCGUCGUCAUCCUCGUUGAUCGUGUGAAUCUGCUCCACCCACUGGCGCAGGUUAGGAAGCGUGUCAGAGUGCACCGCAUCGCCAUUGCAGUAGGGGCAUCGGUAUUGCGGCAGCGGCAGCGGUUUGUCCUUCUUGCCCCUGGUGCGGUUGCGCUGCUGCACCCGCGCCACUUUCUGGUCGUGACGGGCCUUGUACUGCUGGUGGCAAUGCGCGCACAAACACAGAUGCUUGCAGGGGACGAAGCCGAAGGUGGCCGGGCCGUGCUCGCCGUAACACGCGCAGCACUGGCCGCUUGGCUGAGGCUGAGUGGUGGGUGGGGCAGGGGCAGGGAGAGGGAGAGGGAGAGGGGGUGGAGGAGCCGACGAGCUGCUGGAUGGGGGCUGCUGCGACGACUGCUGGCCACUCAUCUGGGCGAGCCUGAAAUGGGAAACAUACACAUCUUGGCAUUUGGUUCGUUUGCUGGUGCCUCUCGGCUGGCUCACUGUUGUCUCAUGGCUUGCAUCUCGAGCUGCAUCUGCAGCAUCAAGUGAUACAUAUCGACCUGUCCCUCAGAAGACCUGCAGACACACAGCACACACAUGAUUGACUCCUCCCCUGGCACCUCUCUGUGCCGUCUUCCCCCACUCACCCAUUGGCAGCAGACGGGAUGGAUGCGCUGUUCGAUGAUGCCGCCGUUGCUGCUGCUUGUGCUGGUGGUGCUGGGGGAUGGUACCCUCUGUCCUCAUCCUCUUCCCAUUCGAAUAUUGGCGGCGGGGGAGGCACAUGCAUGUCAUCGUUAUCGUCAUUGGCGUCGUCGUCAUGGAAUGGGUCGGCCGACGAAGACGAGGGCCCCCCAGCAGCGGCAGCAGCAGCGGCAGGGACAUCAGGAGAGCCACGCAAGGGCGAUAGCAGUGGGAGAGGGGCGGUUGAGCCAGGCGGGGAGAGAGGAGGGGGAGGAUCCGGUGGCAGCGGAGGGAUGCCAUCGAGGUCGCUGCUGAAUGGGCCAUCAUGGCUCACGGGGGAGGGACUGCAUGCACACCGAAAGACGAAUACCGCACUUCAUGCGAUGCACCUGUCCGCAUACUUUGUCUCACGUACUGGGGAUUGGCCGGUGGCUGCGAUGACGACGGUGCUGGAUCGGCCGACGAAGAAGAAGCAGAGAGACUGCACACAGACAGACAGACAGACAGAUCAAAACGGACGGAACGGUGAUCACACCGCACAUAUGAAUGCCCGCCACAACCCAUCUCACCUCGGCCACUCGUCUUCGAAUGCUUUCUGCUGCUGCUCCUGCUGGUGGUCGGCCGUGUUGACUGUCUUCAGCUCUUGGGGUGACGGAAGGGUGGAGCAAGGGGGAGGGGAGAGGGGUCGGGGAAGCGGAUGCGGCUCGUCACCAAACAGCGACAGCGACAUCAGGCAGCUGCCCGCACCACCACCACCGCUCCCCACGGACACAGGUGGGUGACAGGGGCGCUCCGGGACGGCAGGUGGGCCGCGAGCCAUCGGUCCACUCCCACUGCCAUGUGGGGGCUUGGGCGUGAUCAUCCCCUUGGCGAAGGGAGCCAGCGAACCUUGCCCGAAUCGAGGAGGGGCCGCUGUUUGUUUCUUCUUGGUGCCGGUGUUGGUGCGGUGGUGCUGGUGCUCCGUCGCAGGGACGCAUCCAGGGCCAUUAAAUAACAUCCGUCCGUCCAU